AAGCUACCCAUAGUUUCACAUACUAAUUACUACUACUACUUGACACACACACACGCUCAGUGAGGCGAUCGAGGAUGCAGGGCGGCGGCGGCGCGGCGUCGGCGGCGGCGGCGGCGGCGGCGGCGGCGACGCAGCAGCACCGGGAGCUGCUCGAGCGGUACGAGCUGGUGCGGGUGCGGGGGCGCGGUAGCUUCGCGCAGGUGUGGGAGGCUCGCCACCGCCGCACCGGCCUCAGCGUCGCCGUCAAGAUCCUCAACCUCGCCGGACUUCUCGCCAGCGGCAUCCCCAUCCGCAAAGUGGAGAGGGAGAUCGCGGUGAUGAGGCUGCUGAACCACCCGCACAUCGUGCGGUUCCACGAGGCGAUCGCCGGCGGCGACGGCGGCGGCCACGUGUACAUCGUGAUGGAGCUCGCGACGCAGGGGCAGCUCUACGAUUACGUCACCCAGCUCGGCCGCCUCCGCGAGGAUGACGCUCGCAGGAUCUUCCAGCAGAUUAUAUCAGGCGCCGAAUACUGCCACCACAACAUGGUCGUCCACCGUGACCUGAAACUGGAGAACAUCCUGAUGGAUUCAGAGAUGAACGUCAAGAUCGUCGACUUCGGUUUCAGCAAGUUCUUCAGGCACAACAAGGUGCUCAGCGCGUCAUGCGGAAGCCGAGAAUAUGCCGCUCCCGAGCUACUCGCGGGUAGAAAAUAUGUUGGUCCACCUGUGGAUGUUUGGAGCUGUGGAGUAAUCCUUUACAUCCUCUUCUGUGGACGCUUGCCCUUUGACAGCGCCGAUGUAUCAGAGCUGCACAGGAUCAUCAAGAGAGGAGAGUUCAGUAUCCCACCGUACGUGCCUGACGACGCGAGGGAUCUCAUCUCCAGCAUGCUGAUCGUGAGACCUGACAAGCGCCUCACCAUCACCGAGGUCAGGACGCACCGUUGGCUGCAGCACUCCAUCCCUCGCUACCUCGCAAUGCCUCCUCUCAACGCUCGCACACAGAUCACCAGGAUUGAUGCUGAGACUGUCGACAAGGUAGUCGGCCAUGGCUUUGAAAGGAGGUACUUGGUUGAAUCACUUGAGAACAGAGUCGAAAACGAGGCGACGGUCGCCUACAACCUGAUCCUCAAUAAGAAGUUCGAUGCCCCAACACGUUAUGUUUGGACAAUUGACGUCUAUCAAGAAGCUGGACAAAGUAACACCACGGGAGCAGCAGAAGCAACUGGCAGCAGUGCUGCCGGAGAGCCGCCGGUCGCCGUCGCCGGAGAAGACGACGGACGCAACAACGGAUGGGCGCUGGGAGGGGUGGAGUUCCACGAGUGCCCCCGCGAGGCGAUGCGCGCCAUCGCGGCGGCGCUGCGCGAGACCGGCGUCGUCUACGCGCACGACGACGACGACCGCGGCCGCUACGGCAAGCUGCUCUGCGCACGCUUCGCCGGCGCCGCCGGCGUCCGCCGCAUCAUCCGCAGCUACCUCGCCGCCACCGACGACGCGCCCUCCUCUUCCUCCUCCGCCGGUGGUGGCAGUGGCAGAGGUGAGGCUGGCCAUGGCGGUGGAGCUCCCGUCGAUGAUGCUGUCCUCGAGAGCUUGUCUGCGGCUGUGUUCUUUGAAAUUCAGCUGUACAAGUCAGAAGGGGAAGGGAAUUACCUGAUGGAUCUGAAGAGGCUUUCUGGCCCACAGCUUCAAUACCUCAACAUAUGCUCAGAGUUAAGCUCCAAGUUGAGAGCAAUUAACUGAGGCGGUAGAAAUUAACAGUCUCCUCCAAGGAAGAAAUAAUCUGAGGAAAUAUUAGGUUAUCCCUCUUUUCCUUUUGUUUUUAGUGAAAGGAAAAGCUAGCAUGUAUGAGAGGGAAAAAUUAAAGAAAAAUACAUAUAACACUAUGAGAUGAACUUAUACAAAUAUAUACUAAUUAAAUCCGUCAGGAUUUAUCAAUUUAGAUUGUCUCCUUUUAUC